CGAACUACCAGCAGCGCCAUUGCAAUGCAGUUGUUUGUAUUGUAGAAGUUUCCUGCUUUCAGUGCAGUCGUUCGAACGGUCAAAUGUUGUUGAGUUGAGCGCUGAAAGCGUUCUGCUGUGGGGCAAAGGCACUCUGUGAAGCUUUAAACUUAAAUAAGGUGUUCUCUAACGACGCAGCUGCUCAAACUCUUGUGUACUUAUGGUUGUCAUCGCUAUCCGUUCGAUUCGUACAUGAUAUAGCGACAUGAAAUCAUCAUCGCAAACGACGGUAAGAAACUAUUAUCACGAUUUUCCAUCACAUAAUUUUUUCUCAGGUCGUUUUCGGUUCGGAAAUAUCAACUCUUAAAAGUUUAACAUAUUAGUUUAGUGAUGCAUGUUUCGGCAGUUUGUUUGUUUUCGAUGAACUCCUGUCGUCUUGUAAAUUUCAAUUUUUUUUUUUCCGUUCAUCCGUUUUUAAGCUUACAUGCGAUUAAAAAGACCUGCAGUUGGUAAACGGGUCCUUCAUGUGACUUGUCAUUCUCUCAUGAAUUGGCUGAAAAUUUAUAUCUGUAUUUUUAUUCGCGUUUUUGACGUAAUCUUCUUGGGAAAUGAUCAAUUGCGAAAUUGACAAAGGUACGAAAUUCUAAGAUUUCGUUUCAUCAGUGUGGAAGUCCUAUCUUCAAAUAUCUUAUCUUUCUUUUUCUCUAGAACCGUGACAAAAUGGGCAAAACCCGAUGCUUGACGGCUGCUGGGCGUUUAUCGUUCCAAGACGAUGUUCAUAUCCGAAAAGUGCUGGAAGCCCUCAACGAGCAACGGGAAAGCGAGCGCUUCUGUGAUGCAGUUGUGAAAGUUGGUGGCAGGGAGAUGAAAUGUCAUCGCUCUAUUUUGGCCGCUGCAAUUCCUAAACUGCUAGAAAAUCAAAGCGAGACAGAGGAGACCGUUUUAACAGUGGUCCUGGAAGGUUUGGAUUCUACUGCAGUGGAAGUAUUGAUCGAGUUCGCGUACACCGCUCAGCUUAACGUGUCUGCGGAAAGUGUUCUCGGCGUUUAUCACGCAUCGAAAUUUCUAGGCAUGAAAGACGUUCAAGACUCUUGCGAGCAGUUCAUUGAAGAGAAAAUUCUUCCCUUAGAUUGGAGGACUGUGAGAAGCUUCGCCGAGCAACAAAGAUGCGCUAAUUUGCUGACCGCAGUCGAUAAGUUCAUCGAAAAACACGUGGAGGAAAUUUAUCACAACAAAGAUUUCUUCCAGUUGCCGCGUCUUCAAGUCGAACUCGCCACCACUCGAAAGAGACAGAACGAGAGCAUCGAUUCCGAGAAGCUCUGUAAUGUGGCCAUAAAGUGGGCUCAUAAACAACUGGAGGUGAGGAACUUAAAAAAGCCAUAGUUUAGCAGUUGAUUAUUUUUCUUGCACCUCCAUGCUACGGGAUAUACGCCCCCAGAAAAUAAGCCCCCACAGCGCGCGCGCACUUUUGAAAUUUUGAGUUAUCGAACAGACUUUCCCAUAUUUCGAUAGGUUGGAAAUUUUAAGUUUUAAAGUUUUUUUUUUUGUGGGGGUUUCAAGUUUGCUUUGUAAAGUCAGAACAGUAAAUAAUACUUAUACGUGGUGCAUUCUAUGAUAGUUUCGCCGGAAAGCGUUUUUUUCCGCGCGGGAAGUUUAGUGAUAUCAGACUUUCUAUAUUACAUACCGGAAGCAAACAGGGUGCACAAAAUACGUGACUCGAUUUUCGUUCCUUUACUCGAACGAGGUGAAACCUCAUUUUUUUACAAAUAUUCAGCAAGUUGGAUUAUCUUCUGUCAUUAGUUAGACGACCUAUUGUUUUCUGCAAACAAUUAGAUUGUUGAAGUUUUGUACUUGUCUUUCAUUUUUUUGUGGAAAACAACGUGAAUAAUUUUCAGAAAGUGCUCCUAGACAACUAAUUUUUGUAACAUUUUUUAGUUUAGGCGUAUUAUUCCCUUUUCUUUGAACCCUUUUCAUGUUGCUUAGAAUGCCCUGACAUCUAAUUUACAUUAUAGCAAGACAUAAGUCUUCUCUAUUGUGAUGGGAAGCAAUAUGUUCGUGAAAAUUGUUUUUCCAGUCUGUUUAAUAUUUAUGUCACUUUUCACUAUUUCAUUGACUUGUAUCAUAAUUUGAAACCUUGCCUGGCUAAUUAUGGACCAUUUCACCUACAAAUACAAAGUAGCAAUUCAAAUGUUUUAUUCAUAAAACCCUGUCUUUCAAAUGUGAGAAAGUUCUGAAAAUUUUUGCUCCAUGUUUACAUAAAUCCAACUGGUCAACAUACCUACAUGGUGGACUCGAAAAUAUUCUCUACUUACCCCAUCUCACAUUGUGCAAUGUUUUAGUUUUCUGGUGAGAACUCAGUGGACCUGACAUCUAAUUAUUGUGUUCUUGUGACAGAUAAGUAAUUGGAAUAUUUUUUAUCAGCUUCAUUUUCACCUCUGUCAUCUUGUUAAUAAAGGUAGCCUUCUUUGUAGUAAAUUAUGUAAAUGAUUCCAUUUGUUUCAAAACUGUUCUUUUCUUAGCUGCACUCUAUAAAAUGGAAACAUUUCAAGGUUAACAGUUAUGUCUGGGCCCUGUCAAUGUAUUUUAUUGAUAACAAGCUGGAAAAAUUUUAUUAUCUGUCAUGCUUGAGACAUUCCUGAUGAGGUACUCUAUACUAGAGGAACUGUUAUUUAAGUCAAUUAUUAUUUUUAUUUGGUUACUUUUACAGGAAGGGAAUAUAAGCUUAACAGUGUUACUGGAAAAAACCCACAUCAUGUUCCUCACUUCCGAUGGCGAGCUGAAAGAGUGUACCAUGGAAGAUCUUUACUCAAAUGAUGAAAAGUCUGAACUAAUCACAACAGAAGCGCAGAGGGAGUACAUCCGAUAUACAUGUACUUCACAGGAACAGCUGUCCAAACAUGAGGCAAACAGCAGUGAAGACGAGGAGGAAUUGAUAGUUCUUCUUGAAAACAAUAAUAACAAGAAGAGGCAGUCUUGGAUAGUGGAGAAGGAUUUCCGUUUGAUUGGUGCUGUCCAGACUAGUGACAAUGGCUGUACGGGAUUGGCAGUUGUCGGAGGAUUGUUGGUGGCGAUAUCAAUACAUUCGCAAACCCAGUACUGCUCCAAUAGCUCAGACUCUGGAGACUCGUCAUCCGGAGAAGAGUGGGUUCUGAUAGCCCCAAUGAACAGAGGUGUGUACAAGCUUCUAAUCCUAAGAGUUUCCCUGGGCAAUGUAUAUGCAUUAUUGUCCAAGUGUGAGGUCAAGAUGCUGGAUAUUGGCCAAGUUCUUUGUAUUUGGCCAUCUUGAGCGAACAAGCUAGGUCAAUAAAGGAUUUAUUAUAUGGCCAAAAAGAGAACUUUUACUUGUGGGACCAAUGCAGGAAAUCCUGAGGGGGCAAAAACGGCCCAUCCUGCCAGCUCGGGUAGCCAAUCAGAAUGCAGGAUUUGCAUCAUCUUGCAUGGUUGCAGAUUCAGCAAUGUAAUAUUAAAUAAUUAAGUUUAUUGUACAUUGUACUCAUUAUCUAUCUUCGCAUCAAGUAACAGCCUUCAGUUUAUUUUGGAAAUGAUUAAUCAUUGCAACCUACAGGUUAGUUAGUUAUCUGUUAGCAGAUAACUGACUCUGUAGGUUGCAUGCAAAAUGUAUGAUUUUUAAGUUCAAUGUCAAACUGCUUUUGUGUGUUGUCAUUUUCUUCAUAACAAUGUAUAAUAUUAUUAAGUUUGGAUUUUGUGAUAUCGGGACUGAUAUAAAGGUCUCAGUAAGUGUUGUCAACUCCAAGCAAAUCACUUUCCUUGACCUUGUUUAUUCUGGAUUUCUCAAAAACCUCGUCCAAUAGUUGUUUCAUCACACCAUCAAGGCUGUGCUCUAAGGAAAAUUGAAGGGAGCCCAGUGCUCUGAAACUGUAAAAUCUAGGGUGUCCAGCAUAUGAUUUGAAUGAAAAAUCUAAGAUUUUCUAGUCACCCAAAAGCAAAAGUUAGGCGCCAGGGGCCACCAGGCUCUGCUAGAGCACAGCCUUGCACCAUAGGACUCAAAAGUGAGAACUACAUACAGAACAAGUAGUACCAUGUCAAAGGCUUCCUGAAGAGUUAAUAGCCAAACCAUGCAUGCAGGAUUUCUGCUGCAACACCAAAUUUUAGCAUUAUGUCAAGUUUCUCUGCAAUAGGAAAAAAUUUGUUUCAAAGACUCUGCUGUACCUGUUGAUGUGGUCUGUAUUGAUCCUAUGACUGGCCACUUUGAAAAGCCUAAGAUUUAACUCCUGCAAGUGAUCAACAUCAAUUUUCUCCUUACGAAAUUGAUACAUAAUCAAGAUAAAAGGUGAUGAGAACUAAUAAAAUGGUCAUCUAAGGGAAAAUGAUUGACUCUUUUAUGAAAUUCUGUCAACUCAUUCUUUAGCAAAACAUAUGGAGAUCAGUCUGGAGAAUUUGUAUGUGGAUCUUAGAGCUUAAAAAAUUAAGAGCUCUUUUUUUUCUCUGACAUUUCCAGGUCGCUGUAGCGUUGGAGCUGUAAAUCUCAAUGGAAAACUGUAUGCAAUUGGUGGCUAUGACCGAGGUGACUGCCUGAACACUGUGGAACUGUAUGAUGCACAGGUCAACGAGUGGAUGCCUGUCACAAACCUGAAUUCUUCCAGAGGAAGGUUGGAGUCUGAAGUUGUAAACGGCAAGGUGUAUGCCAUUGGUGGCUCAAAUGGACACACGGAACUCAGUACAGUCGAAACAUAUGAUGAAACUACAAACACCUGGAGUUUUGCACCAUCCAUGCUGCAGUGCCGUUGCAACUUUGGAACUGGGGUAAUCAAUGGACGCAUCUAUGCUGUUGGGGGCUAUGAAGGUCCCCGGAACCUGAAAAGUGUUGAAAUGUAUGAUCCUGUGACAAAAGAGUGGAGAAGAGUUGCACCCAUGAACACUGAAAGAAACAACUUGUGCGUGGAAGCUUUGGAUGGCAAGCUAUAUGCCGUUGGGGGCUACAAUGGAUGGACAUGUUUCAAUACUGUGGAAUGCUAUGACCCUGAAGAAAAUCUUUGGUCUUUGAUUCCACCAAUGAAGAUUGCCCGCCGCGGUGCUGGUGCUGCCGUCCUUCACGGCAAGUUGUAUGUGAUUGGUGGUUAUGAUGGGACAAACUUCCUUAACAGUGUUGAGUGCUAUGAUCCCUCCACAAAUGAAUGGAAACACGUGGCCAGUCUUAAUACCUCUCGUCACAAUGUAACGGCAGUUGUCAUCGGUGACCACAUUUAUGCAGUGGGUGGGUUCGGUGGCACUUCAUUCUUGAACUCCCUUGAAUGCUAUGACCCCAAGAGUGACAAGUGGUACUGUUUUGUAAAUUGCAAACAUUGAAGAAACUAUUGUGAAGCUUCCCUGUACAUUUAGAGUGAUCGUGGUGCCAUUCAGAUUUUUCUUUUUGAGAACAGCAGCUCUGUUGUUGGCUGUUUUGUGAAAGAGUGCCAUAAAUGGUAAUGAUGAUUAUUUAUAACUUAUUUAAAUUUUUAAGUUCUUAAAAAACGUAUUUGAAUCAUUGAAGGACCUGGUUGGAAAAUGGGGUAGAGUACAAUCCAUUCUGCCUUCUAUUUGGUUUAAAAUUGACCAACAAAUUGUUAUUGAAGAGAAUUAAUUCUGUUAACUAUUUUUAAGGAAAAAAGCUCUUGAAUUAGCUAAGCGUGCUAAAUGAAGUCAGAGAUUGAAAUUUCAGCUCUGACUUACCACCAAGGAAAUAUUGUUAUUUUUCUUGUUUGGCUUGAUGUGGUAUAAGUUUAUGUUAAGGUAAUACAUCUGUUCUUCAUUUGGCAUAUUUUUCUUUGGAAAUAUUUACAGACUUGCCUUUUUUCUUUGAUGUCUGGUCAGUAACUAUGCUAAAUGUUGAUUUUGGUGAAUUUUUUUAGCAAAAUUGCAAGUAAAAUUUCAAAUGGCAAUACCAUCCAACCAGACUAUCUCCUUCAAGAAAAAUACAAUGUAAAGAUGACAAACAGGGCCAAGUUCUUUGAGGGACAAUUAGUGCAAAUCUUGGGCUAGCAAUUACCUUGAAAACUCUUUUGUUCCAUUUGCAGUUAGCCCGGGAUUUUAGCUUACCUGCUUCAAACACCUUAGCCCAGAAGUUUAAUGAUUAUUUAAUGAUUAAUUUAUUAAGUGGAAAAGCAGUAGAUGAACUUAACUUUUAACUUAAUUUUUCUACAAUUUUUUAUUGGCAUUCCAAGAUUUUGUUCCAGUUCAAUUUUUUAUGUACUGUGGUAAUAAAAUCUUUUAAUCUUAAUUAAGGGAAUGUGAAAACCGAGGAAACCAUACUAUUGCAUCCGUUACAUAUACGUUCAUUUCUUUGGUUGGAGCAAGACAGCUGAGUCUGCUUGCUGCUGAUUAGGCAAACAAACAAGAAACGAGACAAAAAAACCUUCAACGUUGUAGUUGAACAGCCUCUGAAUGUUGUUUCUGCCAAAGCCAUUUUAUCAACUUAAUCUUUUUUCAACUCACUACAUUUUUUUAUGGUACCAUUGAUGAUAAUAUACAAAUCAAGACCUUUUCUCCUUGUUGGUCAGUCCUUAUUUUUUUGAAAACGCAGAGAUUUUUUGUAAGGAGAAGUUCAUCACUGCCCAUUUGUUUGAGCCUGUGAGAUUAGAGGUUCUAUUUUAUCAGAGUUCUCAUUUUUUCUUCACUUAAGAUAAUAAAAGUAAAGUGUGUGAGAUUGUUUCUAAAUAUUGUUGUUGAAAAUACAUUAAGUGUGAGGUUACAUUAAAUUAUUUAAGAUACUUUUUACAAUUUUCUUUGAUUGACCUAUAGAACUCCACCAGAAGAAUGACAAUAAAAUUCUCAUAUUUUAAUCAGAAAGUACAAAUAUUUAAGGGCAGGUGGAGUAAUGCUUUAAGAAGUGAGCCCUGCUGUAUAUUAUUUUGUAGCUAAUUUUUUAUUUUAGUUAGUUUUUGGAUAAAUUAUGGUAAUGGUGCUAAUCAAUUUGAAACAAGGGAAAAAGAAAAAUUAACUGAAAUAAAAAAUUAACUACAACUUAUACAUACACGAUGAACAAAUCUUUCAUUUAGUUACCACUGUGUGCGAGAUUAAAAUAUGGCAAUAAAUGUGGUGCUGUGAGCAGAUGUUUUUAUUUGUGUGAGUGGACUGAGUACAACAGCAUAAAGCAAGCAAAAGAAAGGUUCCCCUAGCUGGGUUAGCCUGUUCCAGGAGC